AUGGCGGCCAACGAAUAUUACCACGAUUCCUACAUGGAACAGUCCUCUCAACCUUACAGAGCACCAGUCAACAACAACAGGCCGUUGUCACGUAUUGCGCUCACUUAUAAUCUGGCACACACCACAUCCAGCCUUGACCAAUCAAGUCUUUCUCAGGGAUAUCCUCAAAGACCAAUGUCCGACUAUUACGAGCCUCAUGACCCCUCACGCGACUCCCAAUACUCAGAUUCAAUACCUCUCAAACAAAACACAAAUGUUAAUAUAGACCAGGAACACCUCGGGAAUCAGCAUACACAAUACCCUCCCUCUCCAGAUUCACAGACACUGCCACCGUCGUUACCAAGAUCAAAUGGGAAAAAGAAGAAGGGCUUCUUUUCUGGAAAAAUCCCUUGGGUCGUAUAUACCUUGAGCUUGGUGCAAAUAACAGUCUUCAUUGUUGAAAUUAUCAAGAAUUCGAUCAUAACCGGAUCCCCCAUCAUGAUCCAUCCACAAUUUAAUCCCAUGAUUGGGCCCUCCACCUACGUUCUGAUUAAUAUGGGAGCUCGCUUUGUCCCUUGCAUGCGAGUCACUCCCGGAGUUCAAGACAGUUCGGAUCCGCCGACAUGGCCAUGCCCCAACACCACCACUUCCGAUCCCGAUGCUCAGAGUAAUCACUGUUCUCUCGGGGAGCUCUGUGGCUUUUCCGGAUUCGACUACGACCAUCCCAAUCAGUGGUUUCGCUUCAUAAUUCCCAUGUUUCUACACGCUGGCCUCAUUCAUAUCGCAUUCAACCUCCUCUUGCAACUUACUAUGGGACGAGAAAUGGAGAAGGCUAUUGGCAGCAUCCGAUUUGCCAUUGUUUAUUUUAGUUCAGGCAUUUUUGGUUUUGUUCUGGGUGGUAAUUUUGCUGCCUCAGCAAUUGCAUCCACGGGAGCGUCGGGUUGUUUGUUCGGCAUUCUCGCCCUGGUUCUCCUGGAUUUGAUAUACAGCUGGAAUGAACGACGCAGUCCAGUCAAAGAUUUGAUGUGGAUCUUGGUUGAUAUUGUCAUCUCAUUCGUUCUCGGCCUCUUACCCGGUCUGGACAACUUCUCGCACAUUGGCGGAUUCCUGAUGGGCCUGGCCGCUGGAAUCUGCCUUCUUCACUCUCCUAAUAUCCUCCGCCAACGUAUUGGAGAGUCCCACUUGCCCUAUCGAAACGUCAGCUCAGAGCCGGACAUUGCCCAUCCCCAAAAACCGAUAUUAGGCACGUCAGCCCCGGCCGCUACACCGGCCGAUGUGGCCGCUUUUGCCAAACAACCUCUUGGAUUCUUCAAAAAUCGCAAGCCACUCUGGUGGGCAUGGUGGCUUUUGAGGGUGGGCGCAUUGAUUGGGGUUCUGGUGGCAUUUGUCAUCCUCCUGAACAACUUCUACAAAUAUCACAAUACCUGUUCAUGGUGCAAGUAUCUUAGUUGCUUGCCCAUUAAUAAUUGGUGCGACAUUGGGAACUUGCAACUGCAUAGCUCUUCGGCCAACGAUACAAGUAAUAGCAAGAGAGACUUGCUGGAGACAGGGGCGGCGUUGGUGGGAAUCCGAUGGUAA